CUUUCUUCUCUCGAAUGCGUACGUGUACCGCGUCGAGUGAAAGACGCAAGUUCUAUGACGAUCGAAAGAACGCGCAAAGUGCUAUCGGUCUGACUUCCGUGGCCAAUACAGAGAGCGAGACCGUCAACCGAUUGUCGUCACAUCGUGUUUGAGGUCCGACAUGGGCAGCGGAUGAGUGCUAUCAACCGUGACCGAUUUAUGCCGGGACGAUCGGCGUUAAAGUGUCGCGCGUUGUAGUUAUGACGGUGAAGCGCACUCGAUCAUAUUGCAAGCGCUUCGGCGAAUUGUCGGUACGCGCGAGUGGAGGCUCUCGAAUGGCGCCCACGCAGGACGUAUACCGGAGAGUGCGAUGCUAACAAGUAGUAAUAAUAGUAGUAGUAGUAGUAGUAGUAGAAGUCCAGCUGACUCUGACAAAAUGGUAGGGCCCUCUCUAUCGGCGGGAGGUUAUAGAUUCGUACGUGCUACAUAAUCCGGUACCGUCGCGGUUAGGGUACGAUGAGUACUGAUAAUCAUGAUCAGUCCAAGCCCAAACCACCACCACCACCAUCAUCAUCGGCAUCGGCAUCGGCAGCAGCAGCAGCAGCAGCAGCAGCAGCAGCGGCGGCGGCGGCAACAUUACCACCACCACCGCCACCACCACCGCUACCACCUCCACCUGCGAUACCGCCAUCGCCAUCACCACUACCACCAUCGUCUACGCGGAACAACGUCUCCGUCGACGAGUACGCUUUCGACGGCACGCGUAUCAAGAAAGAACAAAGUGACAUUUGUCUCGAGAACGGCGACGGUGCCGGUGCCAGCAACGUCAGUGGAGGCGGCGGUGGUGGCAACGGUGGUGGCAGCGGUGCUGGAGGAAACGGUGGAAUCACGAAAGCCGGUAUCAACGACAACAAGAGACCGCCGGCCACCCCCGCUCCCAUUGCCGGUAGGCUCUCCAACGGCUUCCACGAAGGUGACCUACUUCAGGACAUCAUCGCGGCCAAGUUCACGACCCUGGCGAAUCACGGCUCCACCGGCAAGAACGACAAGAUUCGUCUGAUGAUCGAGGACAGCGUCAGUGAAGAAUCAAAAUCACGAGUUCAGGAAAUAUUUUCCCAAGUUGAGCAACUUAAAAUAGAGGAAAAAUUGUUGCUGUACCUGAAGCUUCCAUUGUCGUUGAACAAUACUGGAGGAACUGUUGAUCCAUUGAGGCAGCCAUUAAAUCCAUUAGGAAAUCGUUAUGAAAUUCAUCAGACUAUUAUGUGGAUCAAAACACAUUUGGAAGAGGAUCCUGAAGUUUCCUUACCGAAACAAGAGGUCUAUGAAGAAUAUAACAUGUAUUGUAUAAGGAAUUCUAUGAAACCACUGUCAACUGCAGAUUUUGGAAAAGUUAUGAAACAAGUCUAUCCACGGGUACGUCCUCGAAGACUAGGCACAAGAGGCAAUUCUCGUUAUUGCUAUGCAGGAAUGCGCAAGAGAGUUAAAUUGGAAGCUCCAACGCUGCCUAACAUAUCUGGAAGUCAAACUGAGGAUGGUACAGAAGAAAAUAUUACCGAAGAAAUGUUAGGCGCUGCUUCUACAUUGAUUAGGGAAUGGGCAGAAAGUGUGUUAGGUUUUAAAUUUCCAACUUUGAGUGCCUUAGCACGUCAUCUUGUGGAUAAUCUUUGUGUCGAUACGCGAUCUCUAGCUGCCGUAUGCAUUUUAUGCGCUUCCAGGGAACCUGAUACUUCAUCCAACGAAGAGCCAACGACUGGUUUGUCAGUUACAUCAAUAUCUGGAAAACCAGGGAAAUUAAGAGAAGCACAGAUACAAUUACAACGUAAGCUACAACAACGAGAGCAUAUAAAAGAUCAAAAGCAUAGGCACAUUGACAAUGUUACACAGAAUCAGAAUAAAGAAAAGAUUAUUGAUAAUAAAGCAGGAGUAAAUAAAGGAAGUAAGAAAGUUAAGACCAAUCAGUCGCCUCAGGGUACAAAUACGCCAGCUGGACAAUAUGUGUUAAACAAACACAAUUUACCUGCCACUGUGACAGUUCGGCAAAAAAAGGUUCUUAAAGCUAGCAGUCAACCCUGCAACAACGUUUCUCCGGAAUCCAACUGUGAUAAUAUAGUGGUACAAUCGAUCGAAGAUGUUCAGAAUAAUAGCAGCACUAGAGUAGUAACGACCAAUUGCGUGAAUUCAAAGCGAGACGUUAAACCUAAAAAUUCCAGAAAGCGUGCCAAUCUUAAUGUACCAAAUCAACCAUCGGAAUCCAGUCCUGAGAAGCAAACAAAACUUGCAGAACAGCAGGUACAUGAAAAUGUAGAGCAUUCCAGUAUGUUGUUACCUAGGCUCUCAUCUGUACAACGUGCGGGGAAAAUAUCAGUGAUAUUAGCUAGUAACCUGAAGCCUACCAAGUGUAAAGCCACAGAGGCUGUUAGUAAUCAGCCUGCCAAAAACUGUGAUAUUGAAUUGCCAACAUGUUCCAAAAAUUCCAUCAAAAUAAAUGGUUGCCCAAGUAGUUUUGAUUCUAAUGGAAAUGGAACUGAAACAUCGACUCUUUUAACCAAGGAUCAACUACGAUUGUUGCAAGAAAAUUCAAACCUCAUAAGUAAGAAUGAUAAGCUUUGUUCUCUUGAUGCGGAUGCUUUGGAUGAUUAUUUAAACGGGGGUAAUAAUUCUCAAGAACAAGAAGAGGAAUUGUUGCAGUAUUUUCAACAGAAUAGUUCGUCUAGUUCAGAUGUAGAGGCAAAUGCCAUUACUGGAGACACGGAACAAAUAUCGAGAUCCGAUAAAGUGUCUCAGUUGAGAUUAAUAUUAGAACAAAAUCUAAAAGCUGGUACCGAGCAUCCACCGAUUGACAUAGUAUCCGCUACUAUCGUCAGGCAGAAUACAGUUAGUGAAAAACAGGAGGUUACUCAAACGCAUAAUUUGAUACUUCCAACAUUGUUAAAUCAUUCGAAUCAAACUAAUACGAGACGCAGAGUUAGUUUUGAAACUAAUGUCGUUGAACAUGUACAAGAUUCCAAUGUUGUUACGAAUACCGUACCUCAAAGCCCAAAUACGCGUCGUAGGAUAUUUAAUUUCACCCCAAUAUCACCUGGUCCACAUUCACCUAUCAAUGGUCGUGCUUCCAAAUCUAAUUCAGCAAACGCGAGUCCUUUCGUUUCACCACGAAAUACGCCAGUGCCUCGGUCACGGAGUAAUCUACAAGGUGGCAGCUUUAGAUCUCGAGCGAGUCAAAAGUCUUUGUCGCGUUCCAUAUCAUGCAGCAUGCCAUAUACUGGAAAAAACGAUACGUUUGUAGUACCCACCAGUGGUCCUGAAUUAGUGCGACAGGUGUCGAUGCCGCAAUCACCUCUUACUUGUACAAAGUCAUCCGAAGUACAGGUUGGUGGCAAUGGAACGCACAUCGCUAUAACGUCGAAGCAAGAAAAUCAAGGAUCACAAUGCCCUCCAUUUUUAGCAUCAGAUUUGGCACCGCAAAAGCAACUGCUUAUUAAUUAUCCAAGCCAGGAAAAUUUACAAGAAAUUAAGAAUGUGUAUCAAAGACCACAACCAACAGAUCAGGAGAUCAGUGAAUUAUUGCUUGGCAAUAAACAAUUUACUACUGAACAGCUUUUUUGUAGAUCGCAAUCUGUUCCUUUACAUCGUAUGGUAAAUCCUGCAUUAAUGUCUCCUAUCUCAACACAGCAGUGUCUCUCAAGUUUUCAAAGUCAUAGUUUUAAUCCAUCUACAAGCAGUUCAAUAGCUCCUACUCCCGUACCUAGUGAAUUCAAUGACUUUGGUUCUAUAGGUCAAUCAGAAGGGACUUCUUAUUUAUUAAACGACGUCGAUCCAAACUUUAUAUCGGAUGAUCAACAAUUUUUGAUGAAUGAUAAAGAGAUCACAUCUGAAAAUAUAACAAAUAUUCUCAAUAUCCUGAGCGAAGAGGGAUCGCAAAGUUUACAGAUUCUUCCGGAACAAUCUGGAGAAGAAGAUUUGAUAGAUAAUAAUGGGAUAGUUUUAGAUACUUUACCAAAUUCAAAUAUAAAUUUAUCAGAAGAAGAUAUGCUGGAUCCUUCGAAUGUUCUUGAUAGUUCAGUGAGUGGGGCAUUGCAAAAGAUCAUACAAUCUCGUUCUUAUCCAAACACACCUCUUCCUGCACCAGUAUCAACAUAUACACCAUCUUACGCAGAAGACAGUAAUGGUUCAAGAUCAUAUCCUUCAACACCUCUGCAUACAGUACAGUCUCAGGAAGUUUAUCAAGAGUCAAACGAACCAAUGCUCUCCAGUCCUACACUUAAUUCUUUGAACUUACACGGAGAUACUACUAGUAUCGCCACAUCGGAUAACGGCUGUAGGAAUGUCGCAGAUUUACUCGAGACCACCUUCCUAGGAGAGCCCGAUGGAGAAGCCGAUGAUCUGGAUCCUCUUAGCAAUUUUGAUGGAUUGCAAGAUGUUGAUCCAUUGACUCCCUUAUUCAAUGAAGUGACAGAGCCUAAUCGUUGAGAAAGGUCUAUUUUGACAGAGGUAACUCAGAUAUUGCAUUCUUUAUAGAAAUUUAUUAAAUAUUUUUUUAUGUAGUCGCAUGUUUUUCAUCAAUUAUAUAAUAUAUAGUACUUUGUAUAAUAAUAAGUAAAUAUAUUAUUCUGCAAAGUACAUAUUAUCAUCACAAGGAAGAAUUAAUGAAUUUAAGUUCAUUCACAGUGUCACAGAUGUCAAUGUAUUUAUGUUAAACUUUUAGCAAUGGAAAUACUACAUUGAAAUUUUUAACUAUACUUAUUUUUAGGCUACUAUUUUAUAAUCAAUUUUAAUUACACUUUUAUCUUUGCAUCAGCCCAAUUUUCUCUCUAUAAAUCUCUAUAUAUCUUCUCUGCUAUAAAUAUUAUUAAUGAUUGCAAUAUAUUAUAAUUAUUGUAAUUGAAUAACUCUAAUAUUUAUAAAUUUAUGAUCACUUUUUGUCAUAGUUUAAUUAAAUAAAAUAAAAAUUAAUGAACUUACUCAUUGAUAUAAAAAAAAUGAAAUAAAAUAAAAUAAAAUAAAGUUCAAAUUAGAUGAUCGAACCAGUUUAGUAGUAGUAGUCCGUUUUUGUAAUAUUUGACAUUACGAAUUUUCAGCCGACUAUGGGAACAUAGGAUGUUCUUCUAAUUUUUAUGGAAUAACAAAGCUCAUAACUGCCAUACUUUUUAGACUUCCAUUAUUUGAAUUACUAUCUAAUUACGCUCUAAUUGCUAUAUAAUUAAUAAAUACGAAGGCACUGUGACACGAAUUCUAAACUUUUGAUAGUGUUUUUCUGACUGCCGACUGUCAAAACAUUAAGAUAAUAUAUUAAGAUUUUAGAAUCUUUUGAUGCAAAAUUAAAAUUAUAAUGAUGUUAAAAGAAUAACAAUGAAAUUGCUCAGCUGAGAGUAUUGCUAUCUUAUAUCAUCUUAGAUAUGAGAAAGAAAAAAGUUGAUUUUAUACAAAUACUUUAAUAUUCGUCGUUUUGAAGCGCUUGUUUCUAAGUCAUUUAAGAACAUGUUAAUGUGACUCUGUUAUUUAACCACUCUAUGAAAUAUUAGCAAUCAACUGUUAGGCAUUGGUAUUGUGCGGUAUUGAGCCCAGUAUAUAAUAGAACGUACUUUGUAAUCCUAUAAUUGAUUAGUAACUACAUUUUGUAAUAAAGUAUACAGUCUUAGUUGAUCUUUUUAUUACUUAUCAAAUUCAAACUAUCAGAUGGUGUUUAAAUCCUAUAGAAAAUACAGUGUUUUAGAGCCCCUUGCAUACUUUGGUAUUAUAUCACAUUUUAUAUCAAUUAAAACUACACAAGCUAUUGCUACAGUAGAUCUUCUUUCUCUUCUUUUUCUUGUUUAGUAAUCAACAAAUUUUAAAAUGAUUUCACGGGAAUAUAUAUUGGAUUAUGUAUAUAUAUAUUUUUUUUUUGUUUUUAUUCAAAUAGAAUAUUUGAAUCAAUAUUUAUCAAUAAUUGUUAAAAUUUCUUUAAUUCUUUUAUCUAUAUUUUAUGAAAUGAAUUAGCAGCUGUGGUCGAUAGUUUUAUCACUUGAACUUAUGACAUAUGUGAAAUUUUUAAUCUACGUUUUACAACAUAGAAUAACAUUAUACGUAUAUAAAAAUGCGGUAAUCGUGAUUUAUUCACGCAUUAACUUACGUAUAAAGUAUUAUAUGACGUGUUACGUAGCUAAAUACGAAAUUUUAUAUAGUUAACAUUAUAUAAUUAAUCGAUUGAUAUGAUUUUUUGUAAAAUUUUAUUUGCGAAAAGUUUUAUUGAUACAAACGAUAUAAAGGAAUUUAAAUAAAGAUUCUGGGCGCUGGUAGAAAAAGAGCAUGAAAGAAUCUUCCGUGGCAAGCACACUUUCUAUCACUUUGUCCUUUAAACAACGCAAUCAUUCUCAAUUUGUUAGUUAUGUUAAAAAGUGAAGAAAAAUAUAAAAAUCUGAUAAAUUGAAGAUAUCGCAGUCUUAUCUUAGAAUCGAAAACAAAUCUUUAUCAAAUAUUACGCGAUAUGAAGAAUUAAAAACCAGGAGAAAAACAAAAUAGAAAGUUUGUAAGCUAGAGGAGAGCAAAGACGCAAUAUUAAUGAAAUCGAAUAGGCUUAUUUUUUUUUUUUUUCUUUUCCUUUAGUAAAAAUUGUUUCUCUUCGAUCGUUUUUUCAAUGCAAACAUUGAAAAUGUUUAAUUUUGAUAACGGAUCGUCUAUAAUAUUCAUAUCGAUAUCGAAAAAGUACCUAAUUGUUUUCAGAUCACGCAUUUUACGAGUUGAUCACGUAUAAAUCUGAUUCGUUCGUGUUACCAACAACAAAUGCGAAUUAUGCGAAAAACGUUUUUUCUUUUUUUUUUUUUUUUUUUUUUUUAAUGAAAAAAAUUGGACGAUUUGUCAAGCGUAUCUAAAAAAAAUUGAUUAACUAUUCAAUUAUGAUAUUUUACUGCGCAUUGCGAGAUUGUCGUAAAGUUAUUAUUGUACAAAUAUAAAACUGAUUAUAAUCAAGUAGUGUAUGUAUGAGAUACGAAGGAAAAGAAAAGAAAAAAAAAAAAAAAAAAAAAAAAAAAAAAAAAAGAAAAAAGAAAGAAAAAAUAAAAAGAUUUAAUAAUUAACGAAUAAAUCGUGAUAGGGAUCGUUUCGAGAAAAAAAGGAUAGAAAAAUAAACCAGAUUUAUUCGUAAACGAUAAUACUACGAAUAUUCUUGUGUGAAAAAGUAUUUAACACAAAUUCGACCAAUUCUCGAAAAUCUUGCGAAUUUCUAUGUGAAAAAUUGCUAAACUUGUAAUUAUAAGUAAGGAACACGUAUUAUGAUAUUACUUGUUACACGCACAAAAACGAUUUAGGUAGAAGUUAUUCAAUAUAAUCGUAUAAUCAGGGUUUGACCGUACUGUUGUGCUUUUUCUAAUUUAUCUAGAUACAAGUUAGAAAUACAUAUUACAUAUAUUUCGACCAUUCUGUUUUACGCUCUUACGAAUUCGAAAUUCCUUUGUAGUUUAACUACGAUUCAUACCAAUAUAUACAUACUAAUUUGACCGAUAUUAAAGUAUUUGAAACUUAUAUAAGAGAGACUAUAUGUGAAAAAUGAAAGAUAAUAUCAUCGAAGUCCGAUUGAUACCAAAAAAUACUUGUAUCUAGAUAUAUUAACAGCAUUAUUUUAUUUGCAACUGAAAAUUAAUAUACACAUACACACACACAUACACGAAAAUCAAUAUGCGCGUGUACGCGUUUGUGCAAAUGUGUUUAAUAUAUAUAUAUAUAUAUAUAAUAUAUUAUAUUAUAUAUAUAAAAUAUAUUAUAUCAUAUAUAUAUAUAUAUAUAUUUGCAGGAACACUCAAUAGACACAAUUAUAUUUAAAAGAAGGACGAUCUUGUCCGAAGCAAAAGUAUUUCAAUUCAUUUGUAAUGAAAACUGUCACUAAAUUAUUCAAUGCAAUAAGACCACGGUUUUUUCUGAAAGUAAGAAAUCGAAGAAUGUGAUUGUAUAGCGUGACAAGAUCGUUGUUAUCUCAACAUAGUGUAACUAAUUUACGUCUUGUAAUGUCACAUUGUAUUCCUUUUCUCCUUCGAUAGUUUGUCCAUUUAACGGUCUAAAUUGAUAUCAGGAUUAAAUUGAUUAAAUCUUUUGACUAAUUUUUAUUUAGACAAUAUUUUAAUCUUUUAUCGAAAAUGAUACAUUGAAACAAUAUUUAAAUUAAGGAUUAAUUUAAAGAUUAAUUUUUUUGCCGUUUAAUUUGAUCGCUUGGAUCAUAAUCUUUUGUAAAAAUAUUCUGGGUUGUAUCUUUUGGGUUGGGUUCAUUCUUUUUUUUUUGUCUUUUUUUUUUGUAAAAUUUUAUAUUAAAGUUAUUCGCAAAUUUCGAAGGAGAAAAAAAUGGCUCCAUCGGGAGAGAAAAAGUUAUUACUUAGAUAUCAAUAGUAUUGCAUGGGGUAGAUCAGUGAAAUAUACAACAUAUACAUAUAUCAGAGAAUCGUAGAAUGCAAUAAAAUUAUUCAAAUGAUUUUUGAUCAAUAUGCACAUAAAGCCAGACACGCAUGUAAAUCCAAAUCCAAUCAGUUAUUAGACCUUCAGAAAAUACUUGCAGUCAUUGAUUAUUUGUUGUUAAGUAAUAUGUAAUUGAAUUUUGCGCGAAUAAUAUUAAAGAAACAAGAUGGUAUGGAGAGAAGGGAUAUGUUGCAUUGAAAUAAACAAAUAAGAGGGAUAGACGGAGAGAGAGAGACCGGGAGAGAAAGAGAGAGAGAGAGAGAGAGAGAGAGAGAGAGAGAGAGAGAGAGAGAGUGUGUGACAGCAAGAAUAAGAGUGAGAGGGGAAAGGGAAGAAAAAUAGUAUGACAAAACUCGAUGUGUUUAUGUUUACUGACAUACAUAUAAAUGUAUCGUUGACAUUGUUAUCUUGCCAGGAGUGAUCUAUCUGCGUUCUUGCGACAAUCGCAUUAUUUUCACAUCAAGAUAAAUCUAAUGAUAUCGUAUAAAAAUGAUCGCGCAGAUGAAACGAUCUUCAAAAAAAUCGGCUUCCUCGAUUUCAAGAAGAUUCUUUCAUUCAUCUAUAUAUAAAAGAAAAAAAAGAAAAAAAAAAAAGAAAAAAAAAAAGAAAAAAAAAGAAAAAAAAAGAAAGAAAAAAAGAAGAAAUUUCCUUGAUCUUUUGUACCGUCGAAUGCCAAGCGAAUAAAAUCAAGCAAUCGGAAAGCGGUCUUCCGAUUGUAUGAGCAAGUAUCGCUGGUGGUUCGCUUUUCUUUGUAAAUAAAAACUCUUUUUUUUAGAAAACGUUAUAAACAAACAAAAUGAUGAUAAUGUGUUUAUCCUUUUACUCCUACCAAGUAGAUGAAAUGACGAUGACGAAUAUCAUUCGACGUUUUUCAAAGUUAUUCGUUACAUCGAUUAAAUUUAAUAAUAUCAUGAAAAAAGGAAUGAAUUUAUUUAUGAAAAAAAAAAACGAGAAAAAAAACCAAAAAAAAAAAAAAGAAAAAUGAAAAAGAAGAUAAAAGAAAACGUAGUUUCUUGUGUGGCUUAUGAAACAGGACCAUAUCCUAAUACUAAAUCAUUCAUUGUAAAUUUAUACGCAAUUGCUUUCUCUUAUGUCAACUUAGAUGCAAUGACGGAAUUGAAUCUUUGUUUUUCUUUGAGAGAUUUCUUUACACGUAUAAUUGUUAAACAAUUUAUAUUGUCAAAUAAACGAAUUGCAAUCUUGAAGAUGAACAAAAUUAAUGUGAAAUAAUGGCUGCUUUUGUGAGAGAUCAUUGUAAUUAAUAAUAUAAAUCUUUCCUUGAUAUAUUUUAUUAAUUAAGCUAUAUAUCAAGCGAUUACGUUUCUCUUUCUUAUUAAUGUUUCUUUUUUUUUUAUUUUUUUUUAUUUUUUUUUUUUUUUAUAAUUCAAAUAAUUAAUUAUUGAAUUUAGAAUGGAAAAAAAAAAAAAAAAAAAAAAAAAACAGUAGUAUGACCUUUAACCAUCUAUAUCGAAAAUAUUUUUAAAAAUUUGUUCUGUUUCUAAGAAACUUGAGCAAUUUUAUACUGUACCCUAAGAAACUAGAUGAUUAACAAUAUUUAUAGUUAAUCAUCUUCACAUUUAUGAGUUAGUAAACUGUGAUAUUUGCGUGAGUGCUUACAUAUAUGUUAUUUUGUGUACACAUUUAUUGUAAAUAGUCCUUAAUCUAUCAGAUUUAUAUUAUUUUAUUCCACAGUAUGUUUGCUCAUGCGUGAAUGCAGCGUACUUUAAACGAAGCAACUGUAAUGACAUAGUUGCAACACAAAUUGCAAUCCAAGUAAUUUUCUCAAAAUAGUCUUUUCGUUCCAUAGUAUUAAUAUAACGUUGAAUUAUAUAGAAAUCGUUGUGUAAUUGUUCAUUACGUUUUCGUGUGAUGGUAAACAUUAAAAUUUGUCAAAUAUAACUUUGUUACGAUUUAUUAAAAAUCAAAGUAGAUCUUUAUAAAAGACCUGCUAAGCUAUUUCUGGAACGAAUAGGCUCCAGCAAUAUAAUUAUAUAAUUUGCACAAUGUGACAGUGUAUUAGAUAUAGAACUUAGGCAAGAUUAUAAAUCUGUAACAUUCACAUAUAUACUGUAGUGUCAGAGAAUAGGUAGGAGAAUAUACAAAAUAUAAGAUAUAUAAAUAUAUAUAUAUAUAUAUAUAUACACAUAUAUAUCUAUAUCUAUAUAUAUCUAUAUAUAUAUAUAUAUAUAUAUAAUUUUGUAUAAUUUAUAAUAUCUAUACGAUGGUAAAUAAAAUGUUAACAUUGUAUGGCCUAAAUAUUAUUCGUUUCUGUUUAUAAAUAUAGGUAAGUACAUUAUGUUCGAUAUUAAUAUUACUAUUUAAAGGGAUAUUUUCAAGUGAAGUGUGUGUAUGCGAAGUGCAGUAACGUUAAAAAUUAAAUAUUAUAGUAAAAUUGAUUUUAUAUCUCUGCCGUAAUGUUCUAAAAGUACAUUCCUUUUAUUGUAUUAAAGAUAGUACAAGACACAUUAAUAACUUGACACAAAAGCUAAAGCUUACGUUAUUAAAUUUGAUCAAGUUAUUGUGUAGAUAGACUGAAAGUGACGAAUAUGUCACAUUUAUGAUAACAUAAAAAAGUAGCCAUAAAUUUCAAAUAAUACAGCUUCCUAUGUUAUCAAUCAUGCACCACAAUAUCCUGUGAUUAUAUGUAAUACAAUAAUUAAUAUUAGUUAUUAGCAAUGUAAUUAAUAAAAGUAUAAAAUUGACCU